UAUGGCGUCAAACAGCAAUAGCUCCGAGAGGCAACGAAUUGCACAGCAAAGAUUAAGGAUAAUUGCAGCGCAUUUACAUAAACAUGAGGACGGUAACUCGGGAAUUAUCGCAAAAGAAUGCAAAAUUGAUGCGACCGGUUCAACGGAAGAGAAUAAAGGGACGGUGCCGAGAAAGAGGCAGGAGAUUAUGAAGUGGAAUGGUUGGGGGUACAGUGACUCCAAAUUCCUCUUUAACAAGAAGGGUCAAGCAGAGUUUACAGGCAAAAGGUAUAGGCUAAGCGGGAUGACCCUGCCCAGUUUGCAGGACUGGUUUGAAAAUACCUUUGGUGCCAGUGUGAAGCAUAAAAGCCCUGCGACACCCGUCCUGAAUGUCAGCGCUGUGCCGCCGCCCAGACUGAACGAGGCAUUCGUAGAGAACCUGAAGGCCACAGGCAUCCCAUUCUCCAAUGAGGCGGAGGACAGGGUGUUCCGUGCCCACGGUCAUUGCUUACAUGAAAUCUUUGCUCUCAGAGAAGGGAAGACAUUUGAGCGUGUUCCAGACAUGGUGGUGUGGCCAAACUGCCACAACGACGUGGUGAAAAUUGUGGAGCUGGCAUGCAAGCACAAUGUUUGUUUGAUACCGUACGGCGGAGGGACCAGUGUGACCAGUGCUCUAGAGUGCCCCCCGGAGGAAACCCGCUGCAUCGUCUCUCUGGAUACUUCCCAGAUGAACCGCAUAUUGUGGAUCGACGAGAAGAAUUUAGUCGCCCACGUUGAAGCUGGCAUCAUCGGUCAGGAUUUGGAGAGAUUACUCAACGAGAGAGGCUACUGUACGGGGCAUGAGCCAGACUCCAUGGAGUUCAGUUCGCUGGGCGGCUGGGUGGCUACUAGAGCAUCAGGCAUGAAGAAGAACGUAUAUGGUAACAUUGAGGACCUGGUGAUCCACAUAAAGGCGGUGACCCCUCGAGGGGUGAUGGAGAAGAGCUGCCAGGGGCCACGCAUGUCCACUGGGCCAGACAUCCACCACUUCAUCCUGGGCUCGGAAGGAACCCUUGGUGUGGUUACCGAGGUAACGAUGAAGAUCCGACCAAUCCCAGAGUACCAGAAGUAUGGCUCGGUGGUCUUCCCUAACUUUGAGGCAGGCGUGGCCUGCUUACGAGAGGUUGCCAAGCAGAGGUGUGCACCGGCUUCCAUCCGGCUCAUGGAUAACAAACAGUUUCAUUUCGGUCAUGCCCUGAAACCUCAAGUGUCGUCCAUUUUCACACAUUUUGUCGAAGGGUUAAAGAAGUUCUACAUCACCAAGUUGAAAGGUUUCGACCCCCACCAGUUGGUGGUUGCCACCCUUCUGUUUGAAGGGGACCGCGAGAGGGUCCUGCAGCAUGAAAAACAAGUUUACGACAUCGCAGCAACAUUUGGGGGCCUGGCAGCUGGAGAGGACAAUGGGCAGAGAGGCUACAUACUGACCUUUGUCAUCGCUUACCUCCGGGACUUGGGGAUGGACUACUGUGUGGUCGCAGAAUCCUUUGAGACAUCGGUGCCUUGGGACAGGGUAUUGGACCUUUGCCAGAAUGUCAAAGAGAGAAUUAUCAGAGAGUGUAGAGAAAAAGGAGUCCAGUUUCAACCGUUGACCUCAUGCAGAGUGACUCAGACCUAUGACUCUGGCGCAUGUGUUUACUUCUACUUUGCCUUCAACUACAGAGGACUGGUGGAUCCAGUACAUACAUACCAACAAGUGGAGCAUGCUGCCAGAGAGGAGAUCCUAGCCAAUGGAGGAAGCCUCUCGCACCACCAUGGAGUUGGGAAACUUCGGAAGGAGUGGAUGAAGGACAGCAUCUCUAAGGUGGGCGUCGGGAUGCUCAAGUCCGUUAAGGAAUACGUGGACCCGGAAAACAUUUUCGGCAACCGAAACCUCCUCUAAUUUAUUUACAUUACAUUUUAUAACAGCCUCUUGGAAUAAUGGUUACUAAAUAUGACAAGAAGUAUCAAUGUCUUUCACCUUCGGUGUGACUUAGUCAGUUGUGCAGUCAACAUCAGUCAGAUGACUUGCCUUGCAUUACAUUACUGCACUUAACAUGCUGUAACAAUAAUUGUCUAUGAUUCAUUUAGAAGCUCAUUGCAUCAAGUCCUCAGUAAUAUCCUCAACCAGGAUGAUAUGGUGAAUGAAGCAGUCAGGUCCUCAGUAUUGUCCUCAACCAGGAUGAUAUGGUGAAUGAAGCAGUCAGGUCCUCAUCCAGGAUGAUAUGGUGAAUGAAGCAGUCAGGUCCUCAUCCAGGAUGAUAUGGUGAAUGAAGCAGUCAGGUCCUCAUCCAGGAUGAUAUGGUGAAUGAAGCAGUCAGGUCCUCAACCAGGAUGAUAUGGUGAAUGAAGCAGUCAGGUCCUCAUCCAGGAUGAUAUGGUGAAUGAAGCAGUCAGGUCCUCAUCCAGGAUGAUAUGGUGAAUGAAGCAGUCAGGUCCUCAUCCAGGAUGAUAUGGUGAAUGAAGCAGUCAGGUCCUCGUCCAGGAUGAUAUGGUGAAUGAAGCAGUCAGGUCCUCAUCCAGGAUGAUAUGGUGAAUGAAGCAGUCAGGUCCUCGUCCAGGAUGAUAUGGUGAGUGAAGCAGUCAGGUCCUCAUCCAGGAUGAUAUGGUGAAUGAAGCAGUCAGGUCCUCAUCCAGGAUGAUAUGGUGAAUGAAGCAGUCAGGUCCUCAUCCAGGAUGAUAUGGUGAAUGAAGCAGUCAGGUCCUCGUCCAGGAUGAUAUGGUGAAUGAAGCAGUCAGGUCCUCAUCCAGGAUGAUAUGGUGAAUGAAGCAGUCAGGUCCUCAUCCAGGAUGAUAUGGUGAAUGAAGCAGUCAGGUCCUCGUCCAGGAUGAUAUGGUGAAUGAAGCAGUCAGGUCCUCAUCCAGGAUGAUAUGGUGAAUGAAGCAGUCAGGUCCUCGUCCAGGAUGAUAUGGUGAGUGAAGCAGUCAGGUCCUCGUCCAGGAUGAUAUGGUGAAUGAAGCAGUCAGGUCCUCGUCCAGGAUGAUAUGGUGAAUGAAGCAGUCAGGUCCUCGUCCAGGAUGAUAUGGUGAAUGAAGCAGUCAGGUCCUCGUCCAGGAUGAUAUGGUGAAUGAAGCAGUCAGGUCCUCGUCCAGGAUGAUAUGGUGAAUGAAGCAGUCAGGUCCUCGUCCAGGAUGAUAUGGUGAAUGAAGCAGUCAGGUCCUCGUCCAGGAUGAUAUGGUGAAUGAAGCAGUGUGUAUCAUACUAACGAUACUACUGCAAAUGUGUACUGUUGAUCAUUUCAGUCACGUGUACACAACACGCCGUAAGAAUGGCCUUUUCAUAUUGUACAUGAUGCAGGGUCACUUUUUCUGAUCCCAUAUUUUCCUACAAUUUAAUUCUUUCCCAUAAUUCUUUCCAAUUUCAUUAACUAGAUUUUUUUUUUGUAGAUGUUUAUUUACCUGUGUUUGGCACUACUUUAGCAGUGAGUUCUAGAUGAAUGCUUUUUCUAAAGCUCUGUGCCUUUCUGAAGAUGUCUGUCUUCACCCUUUCCUACACACACACACUGUGGAAGCUUGACUGGUUUCUUUAUGGCGUCCUGUAUCUUCCCUUAUGUGCGUGUCCUUCAUUCUAGAUUUCCUGUUUCCAGUUGGUCUUUGUUUCUCUCCUCAAGCCUUGUAUUACUUAUACUAUUAAUGAUUGCCAAGAGAUGUGUAUUUUGUUGUACCUACCUAGGAGGAUUUAUAUUACGUUGAAGUCGUGCCUCUUCUGAAAAUGUACCUCAAACCCAAACGUUAAAACGGUUUAGGAAGAAACUAGGAUAUGAUGCGUGUCAACUUUAUUUGUUUUUUAAAAUUGUUUUAUUUUAUAUUUGACCUUUGCAUGGUCUUUGCCUGUCAUACAGAGUUCCGUUUGUGGACAGAGACAAUGUACUUGGAUCAUACAUGCUUUUAGUGUGAACGUGUUACAGACGACUGAAUCCCAAUACCCAUGUUUGUACCAAAGACUUUCAGCACAACCCUUUCACUACUUUAUACAGGCCAUGCAAACAUCCUGGAUGUAUAGGUCUGUACAUGCCGUAUAGUUAAAUGUAUGGGACGUUAAUACAUGAACCUAUAUCCUGAUGAAACAUGUUUUUUUUUUUUAUUCAGAUAUGCAAAUUUCCAAAUAUCAAAAGAUGUGUUCAUAUUUGUUACUUUAAAUGUUACAUGUUCAUGUCAAAGAAAAACAUUUUUGUUAAAUUCAAUUACAAUAUUUUGUCACUACUUAAAACAGUUGCUUGUAGUUAGAGGUUGUAUUUAUCCCUGGUGAGCGUCCCAGCGGUGUGGUUUUGUUGGAAAGGAUACAUUUGAGUGAAAGAUAAUUGUACCUUUGUCACAAUUUACAGAUGAUUAUGCUGAUCAGUUUGGCCUCUUUGCGAGGCAUGUGUCGAUGUUGUGCCCAGUCCUAAACUCAGACAUGGGAUUCUACUGUACGGUGCUAGAGUAAGAUACAUGAAAUGUAUUGCUACCGUUUUCCUGUCACUACUGCGUGACUGUGUUCCUCCUGCUCUCAGCCUCGCAGCUUUCCCACAGUGCAUUGUCACCUUCCUGCCCAAGUAUCUCACCUCUCCACCUCCAAUGAAAAUGUUGUCAAAGGAAAUGGUGGAGCCGGAGGCAGCGUUUUAUCUAAUCAGUUUCAUGCUUUUACUUCCUGUGAUGGUUCCCGAAAGAGAACUUAAUGAGAGCUUGAAAUCUGAAUGUUAUGAUGUACUUUUUUUUUUUAUUAUUAUUUUUCAAUUCUUUAAAAAGUUAACAUUUAAGUACAUUUUAUCAAUGAUGUUUGUGCAAUAAAUACAUUGAAAUGA